CUUUUCGGCACCCGUAGUAGCACACGCAUGCGCAGAGCGUCGUUUGAAACAGUCGCAUGAGCAUGUUUGUAGCUUAGCACACGUGUGUUCGCCGGCUAAGACUAGCUGUACCAGCCUGUGAUUGUGUGCUAUUGUAACGCGCAAUAUGGCAAAGACAGACGCUAAAAGACGAAGAAAAAGGCAAAGUAAAGUGGUCACCAAUGAAGUUGGAGAAGAAGAGCGCAACGUUAACACUGAGGAGGAUGCUCUCGCUGAGAGCACAGAGAGGAAACAGGAGGAGAAGGAGCGAGAUGAACAAGAAGAACAGACUCAGGCAGUGUCUUCGGCUCAUACACUGGGAGGCACGGACAAUGCUCCCAGUGAGAGUUCUAAGACAAAGAUGGCACAAGAGAUGGAGGACAUCAAAGAUGAACAAGAAUCUCAAAUGGACACUGCCACUGAAGAAAAUGAAAGUACACCCACAAUAACUGUAACUUGGGCAAAGAAGAGUGAACAAGGACAGAGGAGUCGUAUUAAAAAAGAAACCAACGGAAGUCAACAGAUGGUUCUUAAACAGACAGCAGUAAGUGGGAAACGGAAGGCACACACUAACGUUGAGACUACCCCAUCAAAGAAAACUAAGCUCAUCAAUGAUGGUUUUUGUGUUUUUGUUGGCAACCUGAACAACUCCAAAACAUUUGAGGAGGUCAAAGAUAAAUUAGCAAGUUACUUAAUGACACACAGUCUCCUGGUUCAAGACAUCAGAUUAGACCGGUCAAAAAAACAUGCACAUGUAGAUUUGGCCUCAGAGAUGGACUUGAUGAAAGCCUUGACAUUAAAUGGAGAGAUGAUCCUUGACAAGCCACUGAAGAUCGCUAAAGCAAAGGUCAAAAGUGAGGACAAGGUGAAGGUGAAAGCUCCACAGUUGGACAAAAAAGCCAAAGAUGCCAGAUGUUUGUUUCUGAAGAACGUCCCAUACAACGCAACAAAAAAAGACAUUCUGAAAAUCUUCCACAAGGCCAUUGCCGUCAGGUUUCCUGGUGGAGCUGAAGGCCCAAGCCAAGGUAUUGCCUUUGUGGAGUUUAAAAAUAAAACCAUUGCUAAGAAAGUACAGCAGAAAAUACAAGGAGCCAGGAUCCAAGACCGGGUUUUAAUUGUGGACUUUGUAGGAGAAACAAAUAUGCCAAAAGUCACCAAAGCUACUGAUGAAGACAACAACACAAAAACUGCAGUUCCUCCAAACAACACCUUAUUUGUGAGCAAUUUGUCCUACAAUGUGAAAGAAAAAAACCUCAAAAAACUCUUUCAGAAAGCUGUUAGCAUCAAAAUGCCUCAAAACAAAGGCAAAUCAAGAGGAUUUGCGUUUGUUGAGUUUGCAAAUGUGGCAGAUGCUGAAAAAGCCUUGCAGGCAUCCCAAAACAUUAACAUCUGCAAAAGGGCGGUCAGAGUACAAUUCUUUGAAACGAGAGAAAAGCCAGAAAAGGCAGAAGUCCUAUCAAAAACACUGAUUGUAAUGGGCCUUGCUGAGAAGACGACUGCAGAUACUCUUAAAAAGGCCUUUGAAGGAGCCCUCAAUGCAAGAGUCACUGUAGAUAAAGAGACAGGUGUUUCAAAGGGGUUUGGUUUUGUGGAGUUUGAGAGUGAAGAAAAUUGCAAAGCUGUCAGAGAAGCCAUGACGGACUGUGAGAUAGAUGGCAGCAAAGUGACUGUGGCUUAUGCAAAACCCAAAGGUGAAAAGGGUCACCCAGGUGCCAGAGGAGGCUUGGCGGGGCGUCCUGGCGGUCCGCCUGCAGGUCGGGGGGCAGGCAGAGGUGGAAGAGAUAGCAGAGGAGGUAGAGGACGUGGAGCUGGCUUGCCGCAGAAUGCUGUUAAAGAAGUGGAAAAUAAAGGCUAACUCGCCUUUGAAAAGUCAUCAUAUAGAGUUUUUUGAUACGUGAAAGCAUGUACAAGCUCAAGACUUGUUUGGGUUUAUCUGAAUGUACAGACUGCAAGGGUUUGAAAAUGUGUACAGUAUUGUUAGUCUUACCUGACUGUAGGACAUGUGGCAUCUUGUAAUUUUAGCUGUCAUAUUUUUUACUCUCAAUCGUUCGUUUCCGAACUAUUAUUAUGAAUUCAUAAAAUAAUGAACAUUAUGCAAAUCUGUUAUGUGAAAAGUUGAUAACGAUUUAAUCCGUGUGUAAUUUUCUAAUGUGAAUAUAAAUUCAAUUCAAAGUCACACCA